ACCCACCAUCGUUCUCGUCUCAAUGAGAGUACAAACAGGUUUUGAAAUGGUAUACCAUACCACACAAGAUUAAAACCAACGAUGACUUCGAUAGGGGCUCCUCUCGUCGUCCAAUGUAUUUUAUGCAUUGCGUUACUACUCAACCCAGCCACAGUGGCUAAAGCUCAGGCCUUGAAUUGUUCCAUUACAGUAUGGGGUGGGCCUGUGGGUGCCGGUGCCAACUGUGUCUUUCCAUUCAGGAUAUUGGGUCGGAAAAUCAAUGCGUGCACAACUCUCACUGAAGGAGAUAAGCGUCCUUGGUGUCCAACCAACACAGAUUCCAAUGGCGAAUAUCGUUUGGGCAAACGAGAAUGGGGAUACUGCGAUCCCAAGUGCAGCUUUGUGAAUGAUGAGGGAAGAUUGAUCCCAGGCACCACGCCUCCUCCGAGUCUUCGGAAAAUUCGUCCUACUUUUACUACCAUCUCCGUACCCACUCGUCCCUUGGCUCGGCUAACCACUACAUCAACCACCACGCCUCUACCGCCAGCCAACCCUUGGGAGUUGAACCCAGAGAGUCGAAGAGGCACAUGGUUGCCCGAUCAUAAGAAAGGUGAAUGCGGAUUUUACACCAAUGUCGGCUUUAUCGUCGGGGGAGAGCAGGCUCUCCGAGGGGAGUUUCCGUUCGCUGUCCUUCUCGGCUAUAACGAACCGGGAUAUGACAACCUUCAUUACAAAUGUGGAGGGGCCUUGAUUAAUCGGCGAUAUGUCCUCACAGCCGCUCAUUGUCACUUCGAAGGCACCAGCUUGGAAAUAGCUGAGGUACUGAUUGGCGAGUACGAUGUCGGAUUGGAUCCCGAUUGCUUGGGAUGCCGGAGUGUGGCACGUUACAAACCCGAAGCCGUGAUUGUUCACGAACGUUACGCCGACUUGAGGCACGUGAAUGGGGAGCACGACAUCGCGUUGAUCCGCCUACCCGAACCCAUAACGACCAUUUAUGAGGAUCCAGAUUCUAUCGUCGCCCCUGUUUGCUUGGGGUUUGGUGAGGACUUGGAGUCCCUCAACGAGUUUUACACCAUGGGUUGGGGACGAACUUCCAAUGGACUCAUUCGGGACACGGACAUCCCCGAGCUAGGCGUUAGCCAGAGAACCUUAUUCAAACUGAGGUUACCUCUGGUGGAGUUUCCUCAAUGUAAGGCCCGAUUCUCCAACAUCACCCCCAAUUUCAUUUGCGCUGGAGGCGAAGAUGGGAAGGACUCGUGCAAUGGAGAUUCUGGAGGCCCUCUCAUUGCACGUGAUGACCAAGAAAGGCCCAUGUUUCUCAUGGGAAUCAUAUCCAGAGGCACUCGGAGGUGCGGCAUUGGCGCCCCUGGCCUUUAUGUCAAAUUGAACAAUUAUGAGGAAUGGAUAUUGAGCAAACUCCGCCCUUGAUUUUGCUCCAAUGAACGAGUCUACUUUGCUGUGAAGCUUACUGUCACAUUUAAAGUUGGUCAUAUACGUUGUAUUGAUCAAGC